CUUCCCAGCGAUCGUCGCACUCGUGCAGCAGCAACUUGUCAGACCACUUCGCGUGAAUCGCCCCAAAGUCACGACUGUCUCAUUGCCGCUUCUCUUGCCUCGUGCUUUGAAGACCGCCACUUCUCUAUGUCAUUCAACUAAGAGACACCUUCUACACCAAAGCACAGAGCCCGCGGCUCGCUGAGCAACCGCUCUCCUUCCUCUCCUCCACCAAGGAUCAGGGCGUGGCGGACGUGUAGACGUCUACCUUCCCCCUCCUGAACCGGUGUCGUUUUCUCUACUUCCACCUCAUCAUGCCAUCUUUCUACGCCCCCGGCCUGCAGGGCCUUCCUCCAACUCCGCCUCACAUUGUGAGUGGUGGUCGCAUGGAACACGAGCAGCCUUUCUACGUCUUGGGCCCGUCCGCUGCCUUCCCGCCUCGUUACUCUCAGAACGGCUGCGAGUUCAUCGAACAGUACUCUCAGGCUAACUGCUAUUCCAAGUCGGCUGUCGGCAUGAACGCUCAGUCUCAUGUUGGGGUACGCAAUGGCCGCGAGAUGAACGCUGCACACUCCGCGAUGAAUCAGCCCAUGUACGGUCACUUGGCCCCCGCCAACGUUCUGCCGCCACUUCGCAACAACGUUCAGCUGCCCCCAAUGGACAAUGGCAUUCCACCCCAGUACCGUCGUCAGGAAAUGAUGGUGCAGGAGCAACCACGCAAGGAGGAAAAGGCUACUGGAGGCGUUGCGGCGCACUUGGAUUAUGAGAUGGACCAGAUGUCCGACUAUGUGGCUGAAAUGGCCCAGGGAAUCGUCUACCCAGGAUCGUCGGUCACCCCCCAGUUCCGCAAAUACGUCUAUCAGAUCUUGUCGUCGACUCGACUCCCGAGCUCGACCAUUCUCCUGGGUCUCUACUACCUCGCUAGCCGGAUGCGCAUGCUUUCAUCAGCCAAGGUCUUCCCCUCGGGGAGUGGUCAGGUCUACCGGAUGCUGACUGUUGCACUCCUCCUGGGAAGUAAGUUCUUGGAUGACAACACCUUCCAGAACAAGUCUUGGGCCGAGGUCAGCAACAUCCCGGUGAGCGAAUUGAACUCGAUGGAAUUGGACUGGCUCUUCGCCUUCGAAUGGAAGAUCCACGACCGUAUCUAUGACAAACAGGAUGGGUUCGCUACAUGGUUGAAGCACUGGGAAAACUGGCGUGCCAAGACGGUUGCCCGUGCCCAGGAGUCUCGCCACGCUCUGGCUCCCAUCGACACCAACGUCUCCCGGCCCCAUCGCGUCUCCAAGCCGCUACUCUCCCCAGAGGGCCCGAUCCCUCCUCAGUACCAGCGCAGUGCUACCUUUGAAAACUCGUGGCUCAACCCGACCGCUUCCGAGUAUUCACCCCCAUCUGCGCCGCACAGUGGCCCCAACACGCCGGACUACUUCGCUGUUGGGCCCUGGGCGUACACCAACCCACCUCCGCCGUACACGCGGACUUGGGUGCAUACUCCGGGACAGUAUAUCCCCACAGCCCAUCAGUCACAGCCACCGUCGUACCAUCACACUCCGGCCUACGCUCUACCAUUCGCGCAGAGUGUGUGGACCGGUCACGGCUCGUCCUGUGGUUGCCUGUAUUGCAUCAAACCUGCGGAGCACUACCUGUGCGCCAACCCCUUUGCUUCGAUGCAACCAAUCGUCGCUUAAGGGCUGUCACGACCCUCUCUCCCUUCACGCAUCGCGCCGUGGGGAAAAAGUUAUUUGGUUCCUAAUUCGACUAUUGCCUUCGCCUUUCCACUAGACCGUGCUGUUCGCGUCGA